UAAUUUAAAGGCUAUUUACAGGGCAAGACCGGCAGUUCCGAUACGAUUACAAGUACGAUCCGAAAUUGGGUGGAUGGAUGAAGGUCCACGUUAUCCCAGCUGCAUUCCUCGAUGCCUUCAUGAUGUGCAAAGCCGAAGGUGCUGUAUUAGCCUCACCAAUUAACGAACACUUCAGGAAGGCAAUGCUGACGUUACACAAAACUGCCUGUGAAUAUGCGGCUCUGUAUACUGGGAUUCACUCGGUGGCCUCUAAAUCAUCUUAUGCGUCCAUCGACGGAACACCCCUAUCAAAACUUCCCUUGGAAUGGGCUCCAUACGAGCCUGACAACUUUAAUGAUUCAGAAAACUGCAUUGUCAUGCUGAAAAACGGUACCAUAGCAGAUGUUCCUUGCACAGAGACCUACUCAUACAUCUGCUACAAGAAGAAGGAGCCUUAUAUGACCCUUAACGAGUGUGGUACUACUGACGGAGAAUACACCCUGGAUGUUCGCACGGGAAGUUGCUACAAGCUCCACCGUGCCGGUCGCACUUGGCAACGAGCUAACAUGAUUUGCAUGGCGGAAGGAGGACAUCUCGCCAUCAUCAACAGCAAAACGGAGGCGCAAGUAGUCAGGGAUCUCCUGGCGAAGCAUCCUGAUGAAAAUCUUAUCGCCCAAGACAAAAACGUUUUUUCCAUGGGCUUCCAUGACUGGGGAGAUACCGGUGCUUGGUUUACUGUCCACGGUCAAACGCUGGAGGAAGCAGGCUAUACGCCUUUUCAGAAAGGUCAGCCGGAUAAUAUUAGAUUCGACAUCCACGGUUCCCACUGUGGUGGUAUCUUCCGCGAUGCUUUACUGGACGAUCUGAAGUGUACGAAUCAAAUUUAUGCAUUCAUCUGCGAAAAAAGGCCUGACAGUUUGCUCGCGUCAGACUUAUAA